GACCUGACAGUUCCGUGCUCACUAAAGAAUAUUUUGCCCUAACCUUGCUCCACUGGUACCCGCCGAUAGUUACAUGUUCUCAGAAGGCGUCGCUAUGCAGUAUUUUGCAAAUUGACACAUGGAUUUCAGGAUAUAUAGAUAAUCUUGGGUAUCCUAGGUCUAUUAUUCUCUAACUGAGUUGUGUUGAAGGAAUUUGGCAUCAGCGUUACCUGUUUCCAUCAUGCGUGGAACGAAGGUUGCCACACGUGCUUUGCGCUUCAAUGCCUCCAGGAAGUUCGCUACCGUUACUCGGCCUCAAGGGCCAUCAGGCCUGAAAAUAAAUGCCGAGAGACUUUGGGAAACGUUACAUGAGACAUGCAAAUGGGGUGAAGCCCAUCGAUAUGGAGAUGAUCCAAAGGAGACGGGUAUGGCACGUCUGACCCUCAAUGAUGACGACGCACGCAUUCGACGCUGGUUUGCCAAUGAAGUGCAGAAUCUAGGAUGUUCCCUCUCCGUAGACCAAAUGGGAAAUAUGUUCGCACGGCGAUCUGGCCGGCUGAGGUCCCCAGCACCAAUGACUGCUAUGGGGAGUCAUCUCGACACCCAGCCUCGUGGAGGCCGGUAUGAUGGUAUUCUAGGUGUGGUGGGGGCAAUUGAGGUUUUGCGAACGAUGAAAGAGAACAACUUCGAGACUUACUACGAUGUAGGAGUUGUGAACUGGACUAAUGAGGAAGGGGCUCGAUUUCCAAAGUCCAUGUGCUCUUCUGGUGUUUGGGCAGGCAUCAUUCCGAUCCAAGACGCUUGGGACCUGCGCGAUAUUCACGAUCAGAGCGUGACUCUUCGAUCCGAACUCGAGAGACAUGGCUACUUGGGCGAUAUCGCCUGCUCGAGCGAUCCAAAGUCAGGAUACCCACUUGGUGCUCACUUUGAAUUGCAUAUUGAACAGGGGCCUAUUCUUCAAGAGACUGGUCGAUCAAUUGGUAUCGUUCAGGGAGCCCAAGGAUACCGAUGGCUGACCUUGACUGUCAAAGGAAAAGAUGCACACACCGGGACGACUCCCUUGAGCGCUCGCCAGGAUCCAUUACUUGCCGCCUCUAGGAUGAUAGCCGCUUCCAACGAUAUCGCAAAGCGGCACAAUGCAUUGGCCUCAACUGGUAUUAUUAAGGUGCCAUCAAAUGCAUCUACCAAUACAGUUGCCUCCGAGGUGACUUUCACUAUUGAUAUCCGGCACCCACAGGAUAGCACUGUACAUGCUGUUCAGAAGGAAUGUCUUGAAGCAUUCUCUACCAUUGCGUCCCAGGAUGGAAAAGGCGUAUCGUUUGAAUGGACACUAGAUACAGACUCUCCGGCCGUGCAAUUCGAUCGGAACUGUAUAGCUUCUAUUCAAGCAGCUGCAGAAUCCCUUGUCGGACCUGAAAAAUCGAUGCUCAUGACCAGUGGCGCAGGCCAUGAUAGUGUCAACACCAGCAGGCAUUGCCCAUCAGCAAUGAUCUUUGUUCCUUGUCGGGAUGGUGUUAGUCACCAUCCGACUGAGUAUUGUACGCCGGAAGAUUGGUGAGUAUCUCCCCUGAUAGUUUCUGUAUGAGCUCAGAUUUUAACGUAAACAGUGCUCUUGGUGCUCAAGCUUUGCUUGAAUCAGUUGUGCACUAUGAUAAGUUCCGGGCGCAA